AAAACCAAAUUGUUAUUCACACACAUAGAAAACUAUCAACAAUGCCUCAGCAACAUAAUCCUUUUGUGGUUGGAAAACUAAAGCUAACGUGCUUUUUUGUCUUUUUAAAAAUUUGGUGCUAAAAUAGUAAAAAAAUUAUUUUCUUUAGUAGUAAGCUGCUAGAGCAAAUGACAGCAUUUUUCCUAAAAUAGAAACAACAGGGACUUCCCUGGCAGUCCAGUGGUUAAGACUGCAUGCUUCCAAUGCAGGGGGCCCUGGUUCCACCCCUGGUCAGGGAACUAAGAUCCCCCAUGCUGUGCGGUGUGGCCAAAAAAAAAAAGAAAAAGAAACAUCAUUGUUAUCUAUGAUUUUGAAAUAAUAUGUACAAAACUAGCCCAGUAGUAGAGAAAUACAUAAAAUAGAAGGUGAAAGUCUCUCCUGAUGACCACGUUCCAGAUGCACAUUCACAUGUGUGGGUGCGUUUACACCCCGGGCCCGCCUGACCCUCCCAUCUGUGCCGAGGGCAGUGGGGUGGGGCCUCCCUCCUGCUGGGAUGGUCCUUGCCUGUGUCACGAUAGUUUCAUGAGGUGUUUUUUUGUGUGUGUGUUUUUUUAAAGUUGGAAAAAAUAUUUUAUUUUAUAUAUUUAUUUAUUUUGGCUGCGUUGGGUCUUCGUUGCUGCACACGGGCUUUCUCUACUUGUGGCGAGCGGGGGCUACUCUUCGUUGCGGUGCGCGGGCUUCUCAUUGCGGUGGCUUCUCUUGUUGCGGAGCACGGGCUCUAGGCGUGCAGGCUCAGUAGUUGCGGCUCGCGGGCUCUAGAGCGCAGGCUCAGUAGUUGUGGCACACGGGCUUUGUUGCUCCACAGCAUGUGGGAUCUUUCCGGACCAGGGCUCAAACCCGUGUCUCCUGCAUUGGCAGGUGGAUUCUUAACCACUGCACCACCAGGGAAGCCCCUCAUGAGGUUUUUAAAAACCUUUUUAUCUUAAAGUAUAGCACAGGGGGACUUUCCUGAUGGUCCAGUGGUAAAGAAUCCACCUUACAAUGCAGGGGACUCAGGUUCGAACCCUGGUCAGGGAACUAAGAUCUGACAUGCCACGGGGCAACUACUGAGCUCGUGCGCCUCAACUAGAGAGCCUGCGUGCCGCAGACUAUAGAGCCCACACACCCUGGAGCAUGCGCGCCACAACUAGAGAGGAGAAAACCCGCACACCACAACUAGAGAGAAGCCUGUGCGUCGCAACGGAAAAGAUCCUGCAUACCUCAACAAAGAUCACGCGUGCUGCAACUAAGACCCAACACGGCCUAAAAUAAAAAUAAAGUAUGGCACAGAGACAAACUGCACAAAUUAAUAGCUUGAUGGAUUUUGAUAAGGUGGACACUUGUAACCAUCCCUUGGGUCAAGAGAGAAAAUUUUGCCCUCCCUGGCAUCCUUCCACGUGCCCUAUCCCAGCCACAUCCCUCCCUUUGAUGCCAGAUACUUCCCUUUCUUCGUAGUUUUAUGACGGGAUUGCACGUCUUUAAGCAGUAGUUAAGUGUUGCCUGUUUUUCACGUGACGUUUCAGUCCCUUACCUACAGGGCACCCCCUCCUCCCGUGGGAGUUUGGUGUGGAAGAAGCCAGGUGGCUGCGCUCGUGUUUCUCAGUCUGGAUUUUGCCAGCCACGGCCUCAGUGGGAGCCCUUACAAGUUGGCGCCUAGAUCCUUCUGACACAAUUCUCGUCCUCUCUCAGAGGUUCCUUGCUCUCUGGUGUGCCAGAAUAUUUUAGGCUCAUUUUGUAUUCUUCCUGCCCAAGACCUGCAAUCAGCCAUUCCUUCAAAAGCCCUGGUCUUCUUUAAUGGGAAAUGAUGUUUCACAACUAUAGUCUGGAUGUCAGAUAACGCAGAAGGAUCGCUGUGCCACCAAGAUGACGGCGAUCCUGCGUCUGAGACAAGCAGGUCCCCGCUGCGCGAACGCGUGUCUGCACCGUGGAGUGUUUAAGAGUAGAACUUCUGGAAGGCAGCGGUCCGCACCCUGAUGACGUGCUCACCAGUUCCCUGGUCUACUCCUCAGUGAGAUUUAUGAUUGGCCAUAUUCAUAAACAUCCUGGAAGAUAGGAUUCUCCUGAAAGAACUGAAGAUAAUGUACAUUUGGGGGCACAAAGGAGCAUUUGCAUCAGUUUUCUACCAACGCAGGCGGUCAGCAUCGUGAGGCAGCCAGAAUAGUUAUGGUCAGUCAUGGAGAAUCACCAGGAGACGCGUCCCGAAGCGGGUGGGGAUUUUGUUUCUGAUCAAAUACAUUUUAAAAUAGAAGAGGAAGAUGACGAUCACAUCGCUGAUCACAGUUUGGAAAGAAUGGACUUUAGAAAUGAGCAGAACAGGAAACGGGCUGGCAGCGGGGAUGAACGGGCAGAGGGCAGAGAGGCGAGCUGUGGCUGCCAGCCCCCAGGGAGGCGCGUCUCUCCUGACCCCGAGGACGACUACGGGGCCCUAUUGUCACAGUAUAACAGCACCCUGUACAGCGUGGCCAUGGAGGCCGUGACGCAGAGCCUGCUCUCCGGCCGCGGCAUCAGCUCCAGGAAGAAGUCCCCGGCUUGGAAGCAUUUUUUCAUCUCACCCCGGGAUAGCACGAAGGCCAUCUGUACGUACUGCAUGAAGGAGUUCAGCAGGGGCAAGAACGAGAAGGACCUGAGCACCAGCUGUCUGAUGCGGCACGUGAGGCGGGCGCACCCCACCGUUCUUGUGGAGGAAAACGGCAGCGCGCCGGCCCCGGCCCCCCUCCCUGCCCCUCUGCCGCGGCUCCCGCCGCCGCCCACUGAUGCCGGAGACCCGGGCACCGUCCUGUCACCUGGCAAACUCGUCCCCAGAACGGCCUCUAAGAGCCCGUCUCCCCAUCAGGUGACAGAGGAACUUGGCUCUGUGGUUUCUUCCGAAGAGGCCCCCUCCGACGUGUCAGUCUCUGAGAGGUACAGCAGGGAUGAAGCCCUGGCGGGGCCGCCUCCCCAGCCCCCCAGCCUCCACUGCGACGAGCCUGCAGAGAACGGGGCUGAGAAAAACCUCCCCCUGCCCAGGAGCGCAUCCGGGUCCAGGAGGAGGUCUGCCGUCUGGAAGCACUUCUACCUGUCGCCCCUGGACAACUCCAAGGCCGUGUGCAUCCACUGCAUGAACGAGUUCAGCCGGGGGAAGAACGGGAAGGACCUGGGCACCAGCUGCCUCAUCAGGCACAUGUGGCGGGCACACCGCUCCAUCGUGCUUCGGGAAAACGGCGGGGGCGCUGGCGUGCCGCCCCCCUACUCUGCACCCCCAACCCUGCUGCCCACCCCGCCGCCGCCUGACGGAGAGCCCAGCCCCACGUCCUCGUCUCCGGGGAAGCCGGUGCAGGACUCCACCUCUGCGCCCUCCUCCCCCGACCGGCUGGCGGAAGACCCGCCAGCACACUGGAACCUCGGAGACACGCAGGUGGAAGACGCGUGGGCGUUGUCCUCCUCCUCUGACGUGGGUGAGGCCUCAUGGGCAUCCUCUCCCGAGAAGCAGCCGGGCGACACGCCCAGCCCUCGCCCACUCGAAUCCGGUGCCGUGUUCCAGCAGAACAAGAAGGUCAUGAGGAGGCUGAAGUCGGAAGUCUGGCAUCACUUCUCGCUGGCCCCCACGGACAGCCUCAAGGCUGUGUGCAGGCACUGUGGCUGUGUCAUCAGCCGGGGCAAGAAGGGUGACGUGGGCACGAGCUGUUUGAUGCGGCAUCUCUACAGGCGCCACCCGGAGGUCGUUGGGAACCAGAAGGGCUUUCUGGGGGCCAGCCUGGCGAAUUCGCCAUACGCCACCUUGGCUUCUGCAGAAACUUCCUCCUCCAGAUUAACUGACCUGCCGACCAUGGUCACAAAAAACAAUCAAGUUAUGUUUCCCGUCAACAGCAAAAAGACCUCCAAGUUGUGGAAUCACUUUUCUAUCUGCUCUGCAGACCCCACGAAGGUCGUGUGCUUGCACUGUGGCCGGACGAUCAGCAGAGGCAAGAAGCCGACCAACCUGGGCACCAGCUGUCUCCUGAGGCACCUGCAGAGGUUCCACGGCGGCGUGCUGAAGCCCGACGCCCCCAGGACGGCGCCACCCUCCCCUCCUGGUGCCCGUGGGCCCCUGAGCUCAGAGUCGGCAGGCGCCUCCUCCUGCGAUGACACCAGCGAGAAGUUUUAUGAUUCGCAUCCAGUUGCCAAAAAAAUAACAAGUCUCAUUGCUGAAAUGAUCGCACUUGACCUCCAGCCGUACUCGUUUGUGGACAACGUUGGCUUCAACAGGCUGCUCGGAUACUUGAAACCUCAGUACUCUCUGCCCCCUCCAUCCUACUUCUCCAGGACGGCCAUCCCAGGUAUGUACGACAAUGUGAAACACAUCAUCAUGUCACAUCUCCAGGAAGCCGAGAGCGGUGUGGUCCACUUCACGUCUGGAAUAUGGAUGAGCAGCCAGACCCGGGAGUACCUGACCCUCACCGCCCACUGGGUCACCUUUGAGUCGUCGGCCCGACCGCACCGCGAGGACCACCACUGCUCGGCGCUGCUGGACGUGUCGCAGGUCGACUGCGACUACAGCGGCGGCAGCGUCCAGAAGCAGCUGGAGUGCUGGUGGGAGGCCUGGGUGACGUCCACUGGCCUGCAGGUGGGCAUCACAGUCACCGACAGCCCCAGCAUAGGGAAGGCGCUGAACGAGGGGGCCCGCUCGAGCGUGCAGUGCUUCAGUCACACGGUCAGCCUCAUCGUCAGCGAGGCCAUCAAGAGCCAGAGGAUGGUCCAGAACCUACUCAGCACCGCACGGAAAAUAUGCGAACGGGUCCACCGGUCGCCCCGGGCAAAAGCGAAGCUGGCAGAGCUGCAGAAGGAGUACGAGCUGCCGCCCCACCACCUCCUCCAGGACGUCCCGUCCAAGUGGAACACGUCGUUUCACAUGCUGGAGCGGCUUAUCGAGCAGAAGAGGGCGGUGAACGAGCUGUCUGUCGAGUGUAACUUCCGGGAGCUCAUCAGCUGCGACCAGUGGGAGGUGAUGCAGUCCGUGUGCCGUGCGCUGAAGCCCUUCGACGCCGCCAGGCGGGAGAUGAGCACCCACGAGUCCACGCUCAGCCAGGUCAUCCCCAUGAUCCACAUCCUCAACAGGAGGGUGGAGAUGCUGUUCGAGGAGACCAUGGGCAUCGACACCAUGCUCAAGUCCCUCAGGGAGGCCAUGGUGAGCCGCCUGUCCGCCACCCUCCACGACCCCAGGUACGUGCUGGCCACCCUGCUGGACCCGCGCUACAAAGCCUCCCUCUUCUCCGAGGAGGAGGCGGAGCAGUACAAGCAGGACUUGAUCAGGGAACUAGAAACGCUGAAUUCUACCUCAGAGCCCACGCCCGUCUCCAACGGAUGCGACCCGGGCUCCCCACCGCGAGACUGUGCCGGCGAGGAGAGCCUGUGGUCACUCAUGGCCAAGAUGAAGAAGACCGAGCCCAGAGGGAGGACGAAGGUCCCGGAGGACAUGGUGCUUGCGUACCUGGAGGAGGAGGUGUUGGAGCACAGCUGUGACCCGCUCGCCUACUGGAACCUGAAGAGGGCGGCCUGGCCGGGCCUCUCCACCUUGGCUGUGCGGUUUCUGGGCUGCCCCCCGAGCAUCGUUCCCUCCGAGAGGCUGUUCAGCACACCCACUGAGAACGGCAGCUUUGGCCAGUCCCGGCUCACGAUGGAGCAUUUCGAGAAACUUAUUUUUCUGAAAGUGAAUCUUCCCUUAAUAUGCUUCCAGUAUUGAAGCUCACGGUGGAGCCACCGGACGAGAAGCAGCACCGGCCCCGGGCUGGCGGCUCGCUGCGGUCGGGGCCCUGCGGGACAGCAGGCCGGGCGCUCAGGUCCACAUCCACGGGAGGUUCCCGUCCCGGCCCUCGCCGUCACGUCCACAUGUGCCUUACCCAGUCCUUCAGGCCAGGUACCACGGUGUGUUUUUUAAGAAGUCCAGUAGAAACAGCCUGUCUUGUCAGUUAUGAAAUACAAUGAUUAGGUUUUCAUUCGUAACUGUAAAAUUGUUUAAAAGUUGGGGGUUAGGAGUUUGUUUUACUAGAAUGGCGGGGGAGAUAUAAGCAGUUUUAUUCAGUAGGCUUCUUAUUGGAUUAUGUAAAAACCACAAAUCAGGUACUGUACUUUAGUUUAAAAUUGCUUUAAUUGCAACAAAACCGCUCUGUGGCUGUCAGACAAAACCUGUGUACAGGAGGUGGAGUUCAAGCCAUCCCGACCGAGCAGUUCCUGGCUGCGGGCUCCAAAGUACGUUCAGGGGACGGUGAGUGUUCUGGGAGGUGACUGUUUACACGACAGAGACGUGGCUUUCGAAGACAAGCCUGCACUCACAUGUAUCCCGGAAUGUCAGUCAUGUAGGGUUCAGGGGAGAGAGCACUGCCGUUUCAGGGGUCUGCCCUCCGUGCCACGUGGGCUGUUAGCUCGGACACAUCCCCGCCAUUCACAGUGAGCGCCGGUGGUGCCUGCUGUGUAGCUAGUGCACAGCGUGACACGUUUACAGCAUCCUGUUGAUGGAAUCUCCAAGCCUCUGGCUCAGUGGCUCUACACCAUGAAGCUAUCUUGAAAUUUGUGCACUGACCCCCAAUUUGAUCAAAUUAUGUAUACAGUCCUUUUUAGAAGAGGUGGCUUAUUAACAGGGAAGAAGAUUGCUAUAAUACAGUUGUAAGAAUAGCCUUAGGUGUUUAGAUUUUCUUUUUGAUAAUAGGGAAGAUUCAGCCAUCAAUGGGAUAUUUUAGAAUCCCAAGGACAUCAAAAUGGAGUAUCAGUCAUCAGGUUUUUUUAACAAUAAUACGUCUUCAAAGUUUUUGCCUCAGUGUCUAGAAAAGGGUUCAUUUUCUUAUUUCGAACCAGGUAAAUAUUCUGGGUGAAACAGGUCACUGAUUUGCCUGUGACCUUUUAGAAAAGUUGUCGUUUUGUUAAAAUACUGUACCUGUUAUUAAUCUGAAUUUGCAUUGACUACGUUUUAGUGUAUUUAUAAAUGGUGAACCCAGUUUCUGAAAUUAAACUUUUUAUUUGCAAUUUUC